CAUGACUUUGGUUUGCUUUGGAUGUACCUAUACGUUAGCAACACUACUAAAAAAACCCCUCCGUAAAAGUUCUCCACAUAAUUUAAAACGUUCUAAAGUUUUUAGAAGAAAUUACGAACGAGUUUGUUUGCAUUAUUACUUAUUAUAUACCUUGAGAUAUACUUAUUUACUGUUUAAAGUGAAAACGGCCAACUUAGUUACCUUGUAUCAACGUUUAAACAAUUGGUAAGUACCUAAAUGCUCAUAAAUAAAUAUUUCGGCAUUGUUUUGCUAUAGUAUUUGUUUAAGCUGUAUUUGUGAACUUUCAUACUACUUUGGUUGGUCCAUGUACUACCUAUAGAACUAUACCAUUACUUGUAUUUUGUAUGUCUAGGCCUAAUUAAUCAAUGUUUAUCAAUUUCAGUUGCAAUGCCAAGUCGUCCUAGCUACGCCCAAUUAGAAGGUUUAGUGGAGUUUUUAGAACAAAAUCCAGGCGUAGCUAAGGGCUUAGUUCGGACAACCCAAGGCCAAAUAGAAACGAAGAGAAAGUGGGAAAAUUUAGCGACUUCUUUAAAUUCGUUAGGAGGUGCCAAUAAAAACGGCAGGGCUUGGGCGAAGUAUUGGGCUGAGAAGAAGUGCGCUCUACGGAAACAUUGUGCAGGACUCUCAGCCUCAAUGAGACGCACUGGUGGCGGAGCAUCAGACAACUUACCAGCGCUCUCCGCUUUAGAUACUAGAUUGGUGGCAGUAAUGGGUGGGCGAGAAUUUGCAACAGGCGAUACAAGUUUGGCAGUCAACCCAUUUCCUCAAUCGACUAGUCACAGUAGUCAUACAGAGCUACCUAUAAUGAUAGAGAUUGUAGAAACAGGAGAACAAGUAAUGCAAGCUAAUUCUCCUAUUCUUGGCAUGUCACACAUUGAUGCAAUACCAGCUUCAUCCACAAUACCUGCAUCGCCUACCCCACUUGAGAAUUCUAUACCUACUAUACCACCAGCACCACGAACUCGCCGGCGGCGCCGAUCGUCGAUUUCGAGGCCGAUGGAUUCACAAAUGGAGCAGUUCUCAAGUAUCGAAGCACGCAGGGUUGAAGCAGAGCUAAUUACAGCACAAGCAUUGGCUAAAUUGUCAGAAAAUAUUGGCAAUAUAGCUAAUGCUCUGACAUCUAUUGCUAAUGCAAUUUCAGAUGUAGCUAGUAAAAUGCCAAAUCCUUAGCAGUUCUAUUUGAUAUAUUGAUUUAAUGUAGGUCUAAUAAUUAUGAUUUCCUUGUUACAUUGUUGAUUUGUGAU